UGCCACGUUGUUACAGUGUUGAGUUGUGGCUGUGGAUAACAGAUAGAAAGGAAGCUUGAGAGGUUGUGCAGAGAAGAAGACAUGGAAGCAGUAGCAGGUUCCCGCCAUUUCUCCACUCUUUCCCUUUCUUUAUCUCACAACAGAACCCUGCGUUCUUCUUCUCCCAAAUCAGUCAAGCUUUCUCUUUCUUCCACCAAGGCUUCCUUAUCUUCCAGAAACUGGUUCGCGAAAGAGGUAUGGGGUUGGGUGAACUCCAACUCCAAGGGUGUGGCCGUGAGAAGGGACCUCGGAUUGGUGGUGAAGGCUGAAAUGUUUGGCCAAUUGACAAGUGGCCUUGAGACUGCAUGGAACAAACUCAAAGGAGAAGAGGUUUUGUCUAAAGAGAACAUUGUGGAGCCUAUGCGAGAUAUUAGGAGAGCUCUUCUAGAAGCCGAUGUUAGUCUUCCUGUUGUCCGAAGGUUUGUGCAGUCUGUCAGUGAUCAGGCUGUGGGUGUUGGUGUCAUUCGAGGGGUGAGACCGGAUCAGCAAUUGGUUAAGAUUGUAAAUGAUGAACUUGUACAAUUGAUGGGUGGAGAGGUUUCUGAACUGGUUUUUGCCAAAUCUGGGCCCACUGUCAUUUUAUUGGCUGGACUGCAAGGAGUUGGGAAGACAACCGUCUGUGCAAAGUUGGCAAAUUAUCUUAAGAAACAGGGAAAAAGUUGCAUGCUGGUUGCUUGCGAUGUAUACAGACCUGCUGCUAUUGACCAGCUUUCUAUUUUGGGAAAACAGGUAGAUGUUCCUGUCUACACAGCAGGUACCGAUGUUAAACCUUCAGAAAUUGCCAAACAAGGCUUAGAAGAGGCAAAAAAGAAGAAAAUUGAUGUUGUUAUUGUUGAUACCGCCGGUAGACUGCAGAUUGACAAGACAAUGAUGGAUGAGUUAAAAGAAGUUAAAAGGGCAUUGAAUCCAACAGAAGUGUUGCUAGUUGUGGAUGCAAUGACAGGGCAAGAAGCUGCAGCAUUAGUGACUACUUUCAAUGUUGAGAUUGGAAUAACAGGUGCCAUCUUGACAAAGCUUGAUGGUGAUUCAAGAGGUGGAGCAGCUUUGAGUGUCAAAGAGGUAUCUGGAAAGCCAAUUAAACUAGUAGGACGAGGGGAACGAAUGGAGGAUCUUGAACCUUUCUACCCUGAUCGGAUGGCAGGACGCAUACUUGGAAUGGGAGAUGUUCUUUCUUUUGUAGAGAAGGCACAAGAAGUUAUGCGUAAAGAAGAUGCUGAGGAACUGCAAAAGAAGAUCAUGAGUGCAAAGUUUGACUUCAAUGAUUUUCUAAAGCAAACUCGUACGGUUGCCAAAAUGGGUUCCGUGUCUCGUGUCAUUGGAAUGAUUCCUGGUAUGGGGAAGGUUACUCCUUCUCAGAUUAGAGACGCAGAGAAGAAUUUGCUGAAUAUGGAAGCAAUGAUAGAAGCAAUGACCCCUGAGGAGAGGGAAAAGCCGGAACUGUUGGCAGAAUCCCCUGUCAGGAGAAAAAGAGUUGCUGUGGAGUCAGGGAAAACAGAGCAGCAGGUAAGCCAACUUGUAGCUCAGCUUUUCCAAAUGCGUGUUCGUAUGAAGAACCUGAUGGGUGUAAUGGAAAGUGGAUCACUUCCAACACUUAGUAAUCUUGAGGAAGCGCUUAAAGCGGAGGAAAAGGCUCCACCUGGCACUGCAAGGAGGAGGAAGAGAUCGGAAUCAAGGAGUGUAUUUGUGGACUCAACAACCGGAAGACCAGCUCCUCGUGGUUUUGGGAGCAAAAGUUGAAAAUCUCUAAAGGGUCCAAAACUAAACAAUGAAAGUCUGGAUCAACGGUCUUUAGUGAUCAAAACGUAUGAUUUGGCUUUCCUCAGCUAAAAUAUUCUUUAUCAUUAGAGCAAUUCAUAUAGCUCCAACUUGUUUGAUUCAGCUUUCAUCGGCUAAAAUAAUUAUUUACCAUCAUUAGAUAAAUUCAUAUUGCAAUGAGGGUUGUCCAGGAGUCUGAUGUAAUUUAGGCAGAGAUGAGUUGUAUCAUAUCUUUCAGGAUACAAAUCUAAGAAGCAUGCGUGUCAUUCUUGCACAAUCUCAACUUUGUAUCUUGGUGUGUUAGUGGAAUGUUACACUUAA